AUGCCAACAAGGCAACGAUUCUAUUUGUUGAACUUAUGCCUAAUCGAACGAUCGCCAAUCCGCCUAGUUCAUCAUGUGACUACCAUCUUCGGCCGAGGGGGUGUGCGUGUAGCCAAUCAGGGUGUGUGUCAAGCGGCCGAGCUUCAAUUGGGUAUAGGCUAUCAAUUGAACUCACCGAACUCUAUUUAUCUUAUCUGUCCCAGUAUAACGCCUACCGAAGAGCAGACAGUUGGUCCAGGAACCCGUGUUUACGAAAUGCAGUCUGGGUACCUUGAGGCACUUAAUCCCUGCUACAGAUACCCGUACAUAGUGCAUGGAAGUUAUAAGAACUGGCAGUUCUUGAACUUUCCCCUGGAAUGGCGGAGAUGGACGAAUGUCGUGUAUUGGAUGACAAACCGCACCCUCGAGUCAAUCUUCCCGUCUUAA